CAACCAGAGACACGACAUUUACAUCGCACUCAGGCGCCUUUUCUGAGGAGAUAAAAACGCAAAUAGACGUCGUAGGACGCGAAUAGAACGAUAGGGGGUUGCUUUUUAUCUCGGUCGCCGGUGAGACGCUAAUUCGCUAAUGACGUGUCAGUGAAACCAACAUAAUUCACGACCAGAGAUGUUGCGCCGCGAUAAAGACACACACACACACUCUCUCUCUCUCUCUCUCUCUCUCUCUCUCUCUCUAGCUACCUUUACCUAUCCUUUUCCCUCCGCGAUAUCAUGAACGACAUUGUUAAUCAAUAUUAUUGAUAUUGUCAAUAUUGUUGCUGUAAAAGAACACCUCCCAUUACAUACUCGCUCAUUCACGCUUGCCGUUCACGUAGCAACCUCGUUAGACGCAAUCAUUUUGAUCGCACUUUUGCGUCCGGCAGGGACAAAGUGUCAACCGUAUUGACCGUGAAAAUUGCUCUUACGUCGACACAUUUGACGUAUUGUAUGCGUUGAUCGCCAGUGUAAUCAAGUGGCAAGAUGGGCUAAUAUUUUGCGGCGGAAAAUCGUCGAUGAUUGCGACGGACGUGGCCAAAUAUGACGUACAUUCGUAGUGAAAGUGGUGCACGCACCAACUCGCUCUCAAUCUCCCCCGAUCUCGACAUAGUUGCACGAAUUGAGGGCGCUUGAACCGCGGAAGAAUUUCAGUCCGUCACGCUUUUUGCGCGCGUGACGCAAAACCUCUGACCUCUUAGCGAACGGGGCGAUUCGCCUUCAGCAGGGGAUCAAAAAUCACACGCGCGGGGGAUCUCGGUAACAAUGAUGCGCGACGAACGGGAUUGGCGCCGGAGGGUAGAAACUGACCACGAAGCAUUCAAACGGCCGAUUAGGUCUCUCGAGUAGCUCUGUCUGUGUGUAUCUCGUGUUCGAGCGCGGUUGAGUCGGCCGUGUAAUGUGAGUCGAGCUCGGGUCGCGUACUCGAAAUUUUCGGGUUACCCGAUAUUGCCAGCCGAUGUUACAGCGGUCCACCGAAUUCCACGUCCUUAAAACAUCCCUAAUUAUCUGAAGUUCGUCGAAAGGUUGCUAAUUCGUGCGUCCCGUCCGCUCGAAACAUGCCGAUGGUGCAGCGAACUCGAGAUGUAGCCAUCGCCAUACGUACCGUCCCACCGUAAGACCGACAACUAUGGAAUUUUCAACCUAACCUGACACAUAUCAGGUCGAAAUCAUAAGCAGAUAUAUUGCAACCUCACUUAAAAUUAUUUAUGCAAUUUUCAACCUUAUAUCAUCAGAACUCAAGUUAUCUGGCGUUAUCGUGAACUUUUUAAAUCUAAAAUAUCUUAACUUAAAUUAUCGCAAAGUUUGAAGGAGAUGGAAUCAGAGGGAGGGAGUGAGACGUUCAGGUUUCACAUAGCCUAUUUUCCGCAGGGUCCAAGAGUAACUAUGUAAAAUAUGGUCCAGAUCGAUCAGAGGGUUUAGGAAUUAAUAUAUAGGGAACGCAUAUAGAGUGACAGACACAUGUGUAUUCUAUUAUAUAUACACACACACACACACACACACACACACACAUAUAAUAGAUACAGGCGUUACAGGCUAUUAUUUCUAAAACCAAGCAAAGUACGAAAUUUUGGUUUUUCAUCAAUCAAUGUUUGGUAUCGAAGGUAACAUCAUUUGAUAAAGUUAGUUUUUUUUUUAGGUAGAGUAAUUAAAAUAGUUAAAAUUGUUAAAAUAGUUUUUUUUUUAAGUGGAAUAGUUGCUGCAAAUUCAAAGAUACUCUUUAUUUGUUAACUAUCAACAUAAUAGCCUUUUACAUAGCCCUGUACGUAGAUGUAUAAAAGGUGUACCAGAGAAUGGUAGCGCGUGUACACAUGACGCUGACUGCACGCUACGUAGAAUCGCGAUGUGUGUACUCGAGUGGCAUAAAGCCACGUGCCGCGGCACUUCUCGCGAUAGUUUACUUUUUUCCGCGCGGAAUACACACGCGUGUUGUUGUAGUGGGAAUAGGUCGGCGGUGCGUAUCUUGGCAGCGGCUCAAUUCUUAAACGUGAUACAACUACUUUUACCUUGACUCACGUUCGCGGGGCAAGCGUCCAAUUCGCCGUUAGUCGAGUUAACCGUGCUCGAACGGGCGGACGGACAGACAAACAGACAGAUAGAUCGUCAUCCUAGCCUAGACGAGAAGAUACGCGGGGAGCGGCCAGCGCAAUGUGGCCUGGAGUACUCCCGUUAUUGGUGUUGCUAGCGGCCCUGCUGCAUCCAUCGAGAUGUACGCAGGUAAAGGUAAACUUUCGCGAGAAGGAGAAGCAAGUGCUCGAUAACAUUCUAGGACCAGGCCGGUACGAUGCGCGCAUCCGGCCGAGCGGAGAGAACGGAACAGAUGGGCCGGCCAUUGUCCGGGUAAACCUGUUUGUGCGAAGCAUUGCGACAAUUAGUGACAUCAAGAUGGAAUACUCCGUACAAUUAACAUUUCGGGAACAAUGGUUGGACGAGAGAUUACGGUUUAAUGACUUUGGAGGUCGACUGAAAUACUUGACUCUGACGGAAGCUAAUCGCGUCUGGAUGCCGGAUCUGUUCUUCUCGAAUGAGAAGGAGGGUCAUUUCCACAACAUCAUUAUGCCCAACGUAUACAUACGAAUUUUCCCAAACGGCUCCGUUCUUUAUAGCAUACGGAUAUCCUUGACGCUCUCCUGUCCCAUGAAUUUGAAGCUGUAUCCCUUAGACCGACAAGUUUGUUCACUUCGCAUGGCUAGCUACGGAUGGACGACGAACGACUUGGUAUUCCUCUGGAAGGAGGGCGAUCCCGUUCAAGUGGUGAAGAAUUUACAUCUGCCCAGGUUUACUCUGGAAAAGUUUCUUACGGACUACUGCAAUAGUAAAACGAACACCGGAGAGUACAGCUGCUUGAAAGUGGACCUGCUGUUCAAGAGAGAAUUCAGUUACUACCUGAUCCAAAUCUACAUCCCAUGCUGCAUGCUCGUUAUCGUGUCCUGGGUGUCCUUCUGGCUGGAUCAGAGUGCCGUGCCUGCCCGGGUGUCACUAGGCGUUACGACACUGCUGACGAUGGCCACGCAGACAUCAGGGAUAAACGCCUCACUGCCGCCCGUAUCCUACACGAAGGCUAUCGACGUCUGGACGGGGGUGUGCUUGACCUUCGUGUUCGGCGCUCUCCUCGAAUUCGCGCUAGUCAACUACGCGUCACGCAGCGACAUGCACAGCGACAACAUAAAGAAGCAGUUUCCGGCGAGCGAGAUGGAGCAUUCGUCGUCGAUCGAUCCAUCCUCGGAGCUGCUCGAGCCGGACGGAUCCGCCAACUUCGCUAUGAAGCCUUUGGUCCGACACCCGGAGGAUUCCAUAGAUAAAUUGCGACAGUGCGAAAUACAUAUGCAACCAAGGAAAAAAAACUGCUGCAGGUCGUGGCUGUCCAAGUUCCCGACGAGGUCCAAGCGCAUCGACGUCAUCUCGCGGAUUUUCUUCCCAAUCGUAUUCGCUUUCUUCAACCUAGCGUACUGGUCCACGUACCUGUUUCGGGAGGAAGAGGGGAGCGAGUAA